CCAUGGCCCGGGCGUCUCGCUCUGGUGGCCUUCUGCCUCCGCUUGCUACCGUGCCGCCGUUGUGGGCGCACCCCGAGGUCGCUGGGGAGGAGCAGUGGGAGAGAAGGCGGACAGGCGCUCUCGGCGGGGACGUUCGGGGCUACCCGGAGUUGCCGGUUGCCGGGAGCAUCCCCUACCUGGCCCCGCGGCCCGGCGGAGCUCCGGGGGGCCAGCCGUGGUGGGCGGCGCAGGCGGACGCGGGAGAGCACCAUGAGGUUGGCGCCGCGGACUGGCGGCGGGAGCCGGUAGCGGGCUGCCGGAUUCCUCCUGCACUGCAGCGCCUCUGGGCCGUGUUGCUGCGGCUGCACCGCGAGCGGGAGCAGCUCCUCCAGGCCCGGGACUGCGCCCGCCACCUCCAGGCCGCCGUGCGCCUCCUGAGGAUCCUGAGUCCCGGCGCGCCAUCCCCCGGCCCCGGCCCCUUGCAUCAGCUGUGCCGCGACCUGCUGCCGCACCCUUCCAGAGGGGCCAACCUGCGAACCGGCCUUCGGGAGACUCCCGAGCAGCUACUGCUGGCGCGCCUGUUCGGAUUAGCUGCCCAACGGCUAGAUGCUGCCAUCGAGAUGGAGCUUCGCGCUCUGGGCCGGGCGCCCGCCAGCCCGGGCCUGUCGUCCCAACUCGCCGACCUGCUGCUGGCGCUUCCCGCCUACCACCAGCUACAGGGAAAAGCCGUGAGCUACUUCCCAGGGGCAGCGCGCCCUUUCCCCACGGCCCGUGUGCUCCGCCUCCUGACGGAGGAGCGGGGUUGCCUGGUAGCAGGUCAGCUGCACGAGGCGCUCAGGGGAUCGGGCUUGCGGGACCAGCUUCAAAGCCGGUGCCACGAGGAGCGAGAGCUGCUGCCAGGGCUCCUGGGCCUGAUGGGGGGCGUGGCGGGUUCAGCCAGCAGUGGACUGGGGCUUGGAGGGGCUGGAGCCCUGUGGAGCCAAUACUGGACCCUGCUGUGGGCAGCCUGUGCUCAGAGUCUGGACCUAAGUCUAGGACCCUGGAGGGACCCCAGGGCAGCGGCACGACAGCUGAGUCAGGCACUGGGUCAGGCAUCCCUGCCUCAGGAGUGUGAGAAGGAGCUGGCUUCUUUGUGUGAUAACCUAUUUCAUCAGUCUGUUAUCUGGAGCUGGGACCAAGGCUUCUGCCAGGCUUUGGGAUCUGCUGGUGGAGGUCAGAGCAGCCUUCCUGCAUCUUCUCACACCACUGAGCUUUUGCAACAGCUCUUCCCUCCUCUCCUGGAUGCUCUUCGAGAACCCAAGUCAGGGCUGCUCCUCUGUCAGCCUCCAGGUCCUGCACCCCUUGCCCUAGGGCUCUGUACCCUGCAGACCACCUUGCUCUGGUUUUGGGGAAGAGCUCAACAGCAUCUGGCAGCAUGGGCCCCAGGUUCCUUCCUGCUCCUGAUCCAGAAGGACCUACCUCCUCUAUUGCGUGAGGCAGAAGCUCUGUCUACCCUGGCCUCAGAGGAAAGCUUGGCCCUGGAGGUGGAGCAGCAGCUGGGCCUAGAGAUCCGGAAGCUGGCUGCGCAGAUUCAGCUUCUGCCUGAAGAGUCGCUAAGUCUCUUUUCCCAAGAAUGUCAUAAACAAGCCACACAGAGCUUUGAACUCUACAUGCCACGGGGUCGGUACUGGCGGCAUCGUCUCUGUCCUGAACUACCCAGCAUUCCUAGUGAGUAUGCUAGGUUGGUGGUCCGUACUGUACUGGAGCCUGUGUUGCAAGGAUUGCAAGGAUUGCCACCUCAAGCCCAGGCCCCUGCCCUCGGCCGGGCGCUGACUGCCAUCUUGGGUGCCUGGCUUGACCAUAUCCUCACCCAUAAGAUCCGGUUCAGCCUGCAGGGGGCGCUGCAGCUCAGACAAGACUUUGGAGUGGUCCGGAAGUUGCUGGAGGAGGAGCAGUGGGGCCUGUCCCCUGAACUUCGCCAGACCCUGCUCAUGCUCAGCAUCUUCCAGCAGCUGGAUGGGGCCCUGCUGUGCCUACUGCAGCAGCCCCUGCCCAAGACUCGAGUCCACAGGUUUUGCUGUGCAUGUAAUGAGGUCCAGACCACGGAAUUGCCCAGCGGCAGCCUCAAUAGCCUGGAGAGCUUGGAGCCCCCUCUUCGGCCUGAAGGACCCCCAACCCAGACAGCUCAGCGGCUAAGCACACUGUGGGGAGGGGGACCCAGCCCUGAGGCUUACCUGGUGGGAAAUCAGCAGGCCUGGCUUGCCCUGAGGCAAAACCAGCGCCGGCGUUGGCACUUGCCUUUUCUUUCCUGCCUGGGGACCAGUUCUGAAUCCUAAGGAGCCUGAUCUGAAACCUGCAAGUCAGAGCUCCUCGCCUCUGGCUGGAAAAGCUCAGACAUUUAGAAAUGCAUAUUGUAAAAGCCUACAAUUGGGAGCUUGGAAGAAAGCAUACCUGAGAACCACAAGCUCCAGAGAGCCUGGACUUACAAGCUAAGGAUCCAAGAUUACUCCAGUGCCUGGGAGCCAGAGUAAAGGGCAAAACCACAGCUUGGAACCUGGAGGUCAGCAUCCUUGGGAGGCUCAGGCCUGGUUCUCCACCAGUGAAGGCAUAGAUGCUGGAAGGAGGGCUAGACGCUGGGGGGAAGACUAUAGGGUUGGAUCCCAGGGGAAAGGGAAAAAGAAAAAGCAAUAGAAAGCAGAGAGCCUAGAUGCCACUUCCUCUGAAGUCCCAGGAGCCAGGCUAAACACAAAGUUAACUCAUCAAGAACCACAGAGGUGGAAUAGGCAUUUCUACACCUCGAUCGGUCCCAAGAGCUGUAUUACCCUGUACUCCUUUCCCCAUUACUAUUUCCAGUCAUUUAAGAAUAAUGGGCUGUAGGACCUUCA